CUUUAUCAGGCGCGCACACUGAUAACCCUAACCACAAAUAGCAGCCAUUCACCCAACUCUCAAUCACAGUAUCGAAGAUCAUAGCGUUGGUAAAAGUUCAAUAUAAUGGGGAAAAACUCUGUGCUUAGGGCUGCUAUUGUGGGGGUAGUAGUAUUGAUUACAUUUGCAAAUCCAUGCUCAGCCAAGUCUAGGCUAAACAGUGGCGAAUCACUGUCAGCUGGGCAGUCUCUCCAAUAUGCGCAAUAUAUAUUUGUAAUGCAAGGAGACUGCAAUCUGGUUUUGUAUGAAAACACAGUUAAAGUGUUGUGGGCGUCGGGAACAAAUGGAAAAGGAGGCGCCGCUUCAUGCGUGUUAAGAAUGCAGGAGGACGGCAAUUUGGUGAUAUAUGCGGCAACAACUCCCGUGUGGUCUACCAAAACCUCCAGAGCAUUUGCUUCCUACUUUUUGAAUCUUCAGGGCGACGGUAAUGUCGUUAUUUAUGGGCCCUCUGGAGCCAUUUGGGCAACUAAUACUGUUCAGAACAAGAAAAAACUGCUUUAACCUUUCUUCUGUGCUAUUUUUAUUUCUAUUACAGUGAUAAUAAUAUGCCACUAUAGGCUUUGUUUAUCGUUUCACAGAUCUAAGAAGAGUCAUUGUUGUUUCGCUAGGCAUUUAAUUUAUGCCGCUGCGCUGUGUUUCACUUUAUAUCUAUACUCAUAAUAUCCUACCAUGCAGUUUGUCUAUCGGUACAGAGAUCUUUCUCUGUUGUGGACUGAAUGGCAUCUAAGAAAAACAUUUGUUAUUUCAAGAGGCAUAUAAAUUUUAUUUUGCAAAUCUA